UGAAGUCAUAUCUGAUUGUUAGAAACUUAAUUCAGAACCGCUAUUUAAACUUAUUUUAAUCUAUAAUUACUAAUUUCAGUGUUUUAUUGGAUGAAAAUAUUGCAAUCAUGUUAGGAUUCGAGAACUUCAUCCUUAAUAUGCGCUACUUAACUAGUUAUUUUCAAGUUUUUAAACGUAAUGGCAUAAUUAGAAACAUUGUACUAAUGUAUUUUUUAAAUGACUCAAGCUUAUAAAUUAUUUACGUAGAAUUACUUAUAACUUUCGUACAUGGGAGGACUGAAUCAUCUAAACUCAUAAAUAAUACUAUUGUACAGUUUAUUAUAUGUUAGGAGUAACAAUAGUCAUAUGAAUUGGAGUAAUCUAGUAUGGUUUUUUAAAUGAGAUGGCAUUUCUUUGUAAUUAUUGUGAUUUGAACUGGUGAUUUAGAAUAAAAAAAAAUGACAAUUGCAAGUAAUAUUGUCGUAGAAUGGCUUCAUUCUCUGCACCUUGGAGAAUAUGCUGAAUCUUUUAUCGACAAUGGUUACGAUGAUCUUGAAAUUUGUAAACAAAUUAGUGAGCCUGAUCUUGAUGCAAUUGGUGUUUUUAAACAAAGUCAUCGUCUCCGAUUACUGCAAUCUGUGAAAAGAUUACGCGAAGAAGGUGCUGCUAGUGUUUACUUUACUCUUGAAGAGAAUGAAUAUGAAGAAGGCAAAGCUGAGCUUGUCCGCAUACCUAAGAUUCAGUUACGAAUUUUAUUACAAGAGAAACUUCGAAACGAUGGAAUUGAUCUUUCAUCUCAACCUUAUACUACUGCGGAUGGAGAACAAGGAUUCUUGGAUGGACUUGCAUCUCGCUAUGCUGAUCUUCUGAAAACUCAUUACAACGAUGUUUUAGAACCAUUAGAAGAAUUGCGCCGUCGUGAAAUUAAUGGAUCACCAAGAUUUGUUAAUACCCAAGUAACCUCCAGUAAUUCUCAGCCGCUUUAUGUUCCAGGGAAAUAUUCGCCAUCCAGUUGUUUAAGUGAUAAAGAAGAAGAUGAAAUUUAUGGUUUUGGAUAUGGAGUUUUCGGCCGCCAAAUGUUGCAACAACGACAACAUAAACUCUCUUUAACGACUCAAAAUUCCAUUGCUUCUAAGAAAAGUAUUCAACAACCUAUUUAUCAAAGUUGUUUAAGUCCAAGAUCAGCAUUUUUUUAUGAGUUUCCUCCUAAUGAACAAGGUCAGAACACAAGUAAGAAAAAGAUGACUUUAUCAAGAAUAUUGAAAGGUUUAAAAACGCAUAAAAAAGAAAAACACAGUCAAAUACAUAAUUCACCACAGCACGGUUUAUCCAGAACUGCUUUACCUCAAAGGGUUGAUACCCCAGAUAGUGUUUUGCAGAGCGGCCUAGGAUUAACUUCGGAUUCAGGGUACAUAGUUCUCCGAUCAAUGGUUGACUCUUGUGAUUAUGAUCGAUUGAAGUAUCUGCAAACAUCUGGAAAACAAAUGAACAGCUUUGAAGAAACUAUAAAAACGUUGAAAAUUCAGGAAGCUUUAAAGAAGAAGGAAAAAUUCAAUAAAGAACACGAAGAGAUUUUGAAAGAUAUCAAACAUGGUUUAAUGCAGCUUGGUCAAAAUAGUCAGAAACAAUGCCCUAUGGAUGACACGUAUAUGUAUGACGAAGAUGCAAAAUUUGGUAUUUUGGAAGCGUCGGAAUCAACCAGAAGUGGAAUUCAGCAUUGGUAUGAUGAACCUCCUUAUGAAUCCGAUCCUGAAGAUUUUUUGAUGAGUUGCAGCAAUGUCAAAACGAGUUCCCGCUCUCUAGGAAAUAACGAGCGGACUUGCGAGACAUUGAAUGAUGAUAGUAAGAUGAUGAUGAAAGGUUUAGCUUCGUCCCAGUUGUACAGCGAUGUAAAAACAAAAGAAAAAUCACGGAAAGCUUACGCUACAAUGAGAGGAUUAAUUGUUUCUCAAGGGCAAAAUAAUCCUCCUACAAUAAUACCACUAACUCAUUCGAGAUCAUCUCGAGAAAGUGGUGAAUACGCAAGUAGCGACGUGCAGAGUCGGAGUAGCGGGGAAGAAGACAAUGAGGAGUCAGCGCGGAGCCAGAGCACCGAUUAUGAAGACACCGACGGUAAUGAAUUAGAAGCAGCCAAGUGGUACAAUAAGCCGCACCCUGGCGUGGUUAACAAACCAGGAAAUCCGCAAUCGGGAAAAAAUAGUGAAAAGAUUAAGACAGCAGGUGUUGAAGAUUGUACACGCGCGAGCAUGGGUAGCAUUGCUAAACGAGCGAGAACACUUAGACGAGAUGUUCGGCAUAAAAUUUCUCAACUCGAGCGCCAUCAGCGAGGCUCAAUGAAUGAAAUGUCCUUCCCGUGUAGCGCGAGCAGUGUCGAAAGUUUACCAAGUGGCAGCGCGUGCAGCAGUACGCAAGCUCUUGUACGCAUUGGUAGUAAUCACAGCUCUAUCUCAUAUGAAGAACGGGAAGCAAUUAGUCCUCAAAGAGCUCAACUGCAACCGACAGCUUUUAAUUUGCACUCAGCUGGUUUGGAAUCGAUGAAUAUACUCUGCCGUGCCCGAGCUCUUGUCGAUUGCAUGCCAAGUCCAUACGACAAAGAUGCUCUGAUUUAUAAGAAAGGUGACAUCAUAGAUGUUUUACAAAUGAAUAACAGUGGUCUUUGGAAAGGUAUAGCUCAUAAUCGCGUAGGAUACUUUAAAUUUAUUAAUGUCGAAUUGGUCAAUGAGCGUCCAAUGCGACGUGGCAAAUGGGGACAAAAAUACAGACAAAAGCCCGGAUCAGUUCCUGAGCUUCUGCAACGAAUGAAUCUUCAGGAAUACAUUUCCGUAUUUUUGCUGAAUGGCUAUGAAGACCUUGAAUUAUUCCGUGAACUAGAACCAGCUGACUUAGACUACCUUCGUAUACAACAUCCAGAACAUCGCGCUAAAAUACUGACAGCAGUACAAUUACUUCAUGAUUUGCAAUCCGGUAGCGAAGGUGAUGAAAUAAAUGAUUCGAGCUCAGAAAUCGAUGAGUUGGGUAAUCUCAGUAACAGCGUGUCAAGACUGAAAAUCAGUAAAAAGAUACUGCAUCAACCUGAAAAUAAUCUCGAUUCUCAAUCUACUGACCAUCGUCGUUCUGAAUUUCAAGCCAACGUUCCAAGUCGUCUUCCUGAAAUCAGCAACGAUGUUCACUUUUCUUCCAGAAAUUAACGAUUCAAUCAUGAUCUAAACGCAAGAUCCGUCUCUUUUCAAAAUAUUUUACUGUCCAUUCCGCCGUCCAGAUAAUUGUACAUUUUUUCUUUCAAACAAUCAAUUUCAUGUUUACCGACUGAAACUCAUCUCCGUUUUAUAAAUUUUUAAUUGAACUGACAUUUUUUAGAUGAGUUGUAAAUAAGUGUACAGAGUGUUAUUUGAUCUUCACAUUUUUAAAAUAAGCAACGCCGAUUUUACAGGCCUUCGCCACUUGCCAUAGGCUGUAUAGAUUUAUAAAACAUAAAAAAAACCCCGUGAUGAAGAAUGUCAACCCUGAAUUCCAAUAUUUCAGUAGCCGGUACAAUCGAGUAAUUUAGCUGGUAUUGAGACAUUGUGAAUAGUUAAGCGUACUUAAAUCACGAAUGUUAUUAGUAGAGUAACCGUCUUGGUAAACGUGGAUUGUCAAGCAAUGGCAAAAUUUGUAUUAAGACUUAAUGGCUUGUAUUUAUAAGACUUGCUAACGUUCUCCAACGAAAACGAGUGCGAAAAUCAAUAAUCAGUAUUAUUAAUCAAAGGCUGAUUUUGUAACUAGUAAAAUGCAAUAAAUCUCAAAAAUAAAAGGUAUGAAAGUAAAUGUUAUGACUCGAGCAGAUUCUUAAUUUGAUAGCAAUAAAUAUUUGACGAGCGUACAAAAAAAAGCAAAACAAAACAAUUCUCAAAAUAUUUUAUAGCCGAUAGUUGGAUGGAAAAAAUCAGAUGUGUAUAUAUAUAUAUGCUGUUGGCGACUGAUAUCUUCGUAAAAUACUGUUCAAUUCCAAAUAUCAUAGCGACUAAGUAUAAACGUUGGCGGGCUAGUCCACUGCCGCAAAAAAGUAAUGAUUGUAAAUACCGCCUACGUUAUACUUGAGCUAAUUUUUACAAUUAGUCACUCCAUUUUCAGAUACAUUGAUUAUUAUUGUUGAUUAAUUUAUUGACUGUGGAACAAAUAAAAAAAUAAUACAGAAAUCAUUACGUUUUGUUAUUCAUCUUUUGUGGUUAUUUAGUACAGUGAGUUUUAAAGUUAUUUAUUUAGUAUUUGUUGUUAAAAUAGUUUAUCGUCGUUCAACUUUUAUUAACUCUCAUUUAAAAUUGAACGUUAACAAAGGUAGAUGAAUGAGAUCCUUCCAAAAACAAUUCCCACUCACAUAAAUGGCGCGAGUAGAUGUAUAAGAGCCAUGCGCACUAAAUGUAUGCAAUAAAUUGAUAAUUAAAUGCUUUUUGUGAGCGCG